GUCUGACCACCCAAACCCUUACCCUUUGCCUCUCUGAUCUCUCUCUCUCUCUCUUUCCCCGGUCCCCGCCCGUCUCUCUCUCUCUCUCUCUCUCUGUGUAAGUGAGCCCUGUCCUCUCUCCUUCUCUCUGCCCUCCGAAACCCUAGAUUUUCCGAUCGAUCUCUGCUCCGCGGCAUCUCGCAUUCGUCGGAUUCUCCUGCCCUCGGUACAACGCCGAGCACUCUCUCUCUCUCGCCCCUCCCCACAGCGAAUUCCACCAACUGUUCGAUGGCCGACGGCAAGUUCAACCUACCGGACGAUCUCCUGACCUCGCAGCCGUCCGAUCGCUCCAAACUGGAUGUUUCUGGGGGACAUUAUGAAGAAAAGGUGCAUAUGGGAUCACAUGAUGAUCCAAAAGAUCAACUGGCAUCUGAGAGCAGUAUCCCAUUAUCUCCCCAGUGGCUCUAUUCAAAACCUAGUGAGACAAAGCCAGAAAUUCGUGGCCCAUCUGUGGUGUCUCAUGGAAAUCCAGCUGAUCCAAACCAAAAGGAGAAUUGGCGUUUGGAUGGAGCUGAGGAUAAGAAGGAUUGGAGGAAGGUGGCUGCAGACAAUGAAAAUACUCGGCGCUGGCGUGAGGAAGAAAGAGAAACUGGAUUGCUUGGCACUAGGAGGGAUCGCAGGAAAUCAGAUCGCCGCGUUGACAGCACUUCUGUCAAAGAAAGCAAUGACACUAGAGCUUUGGCUACCUCGGAUAGGUGGCAUGAUGGUAGCACUCGCAACAGUGGGUUUGAAGCACGGAGAGACAGCAAGUGGUCAUCUAGAUGGGGACCUGAGGUAAAGGAGAAAGAAGCUCGAGCUGAAAAGAAGGCAGAUGUAGAGAAGGAAGAUGGACAGAGUGAAAAUCAAUCAGUUUUAGGUGGCAAUCGUGCAGCUCCAGAGCGCGAAGCAGCAGAGUCACGCGACAAGUGGAGGCCUCGCCACAGAAUGGAGGUUCAUUCCAGCAGUUCAACUCCUUACCGUGCUGCUCCUGGAUUUGGUCUUGAAAGGGGACGAGCGGAGGGUUCAACUGUGGGAUUUACUGUUGGACGAGGACGUGGAAAUGCAACUGGUAGAUCUUCAGGCCCAAUUGGGUUGGCUGUUACUGAAAAGUUUGGAAGUGCCCCUGGAAAACCUAUUGCUAUGAAUGGUUCUUUUUGCUACCCAAGGGCCAAGCUUCUUGACAUUUAUCGUCUGCAAAAACUUAACCCGGCUUUUGCUUCGAUGCCUGAUAAUAUGGAGGAAGUAUCCCCAAUAACUCAAGUAGGAAUUAUGGAACCACUGGCUUUUGUGCCCCCAGAUGCUGAGGAGGAGGCCAUCCUCAGUGAAAUAUGGAGAGGGAAGAUCACAGGCAGUGGAGCUGUAUAUAACUCUUCUAGAAAGGGGAAAUCAACUGAAAAUAUUGCAGGUCUCAGCGAUGUUGAACUUGCUGAAGGGAAACAGGGCAUCCUUCCCUUGGUUCAGCCAGAAUCCCAAGAAAAUUCUCACAGUGAUGCAUAUCAAACUGAGUGUGAUGUGUCCUCUUGGGACUGUGGUGCUCAGAUGAAUGUUCCUGGUGGCAAGGGUCCCAAUUCAAAAGGCCAAGAAAAAGAUACUUCUGGGAUCAUUAGUUUGGACUCUAGGGUCUCAAAUAUUGGUGAUGCUCAAGUCAUGAGAGAGGGUGAUGGCCCUAACUCUUCUGUGCCGAGUGUUGCUGAUAAGAGAACCAUGGCAGGUUCUGCUGCUGCUUUGGAGAUUCAAUCCAAGCUUCCUGAUGAUUCGAGUUCUUUACUGGCUAUGAGCUCUGCAUCUCAAAAUUUGAGUGGCAAUGCAGAAAGAAAAGACUUAGAGAGGAGUAUCCCAGCUGAGGAGCUGAGUUUGUUCUACCUGGAUCCUCAAGGGGAGAUACAGGGGCCUUUUCUUGGUCUUGACAUCAUUUCGUGGUUUGAACAGGGCUUUUUCGGGACUGAUUUACCUGUACGCCUGGCAGAUGCUCCUGAAGGAAUGCCUUUUCAAGAACUUGAUCUUAUAAUGCCCCAUUUGAAAGGCAUAGAUGGCUUUGGUCAACUAGAAGAAUCCAGUGCUUUGGGAGGAACGGUGGAGACUGGUUUGUCUUCUUCUGCUCCUAAUACAAUAAUUGACGAUAUAUCCAUGGUGAAUGGUGUGAGCAGGCCGCCAUCGGAGCUUAGCAGUCUCUCGGCUCAACAUGUUCUAUCUAGAAUAUCUGACCCUGGCGUUCCUCAACAGUUACCUCAUCUGGAAGCUGGCUUUCAUGAUUUUCCUGCACAAGAUGAAGAAAUAGUGUUCCCUGGCCGGCCUGGAAGUAGUGGGCAUCCUAUUGGUAAAUCUGCGGGGGGCAUCAGUGAAGCACCUAUGAUUUCCAUGAGUCACUCUUUUCAAAGCGCGGCAGAGCCCAACAUGCAAAGUCAGAAUGAUAAUAAGUUGCAUCCUUUUGGUUUGUUGUGGUCUGAGCUUGAAGGCACCCACACAAGACAAACCCCAGCAUCCAAAUUACCUCCCUCUGCUGGUGGGCCUGCUGCAUUUGGUGGAGUUGCAGAUCCAGCUCUUCUUUCAGAGACAUGGUCUGAUUCUUUUAGGAGGAAUGCAACCUCUGACCAACCCAACCUCUAUCAGGAUGCUGUGGCUUCUCGUCAUUUUGCCCGCAUGGAACAAGAACCUAACCAUUUUGACUUAUCAGAGCAGCUUCUGUCAAGGCAGCUGCAGCAGCACCAUCUGCAACAGCAGCAGCAGCAGCAGCAGCAGAAUCUUUUGUCUUUACGUGCACAAUUGGGUCAUCCCAGUCUGGAACAUAUACAGAAUGAAAAUCUUGCACUCCAGCAGCAGCUAGCCAAUCAUCCCGCGUCAGAGCUGGAACGCAUCAUGACGCUUCAGCUACAGCAGCAGCAACAGCAGCAGCAGCAGCAGCAGCAGCGGCAGCGGCAGCAUCAGCUGCAGCAACGUCAGUUACAACAGCAGCAGCACUUUCACCAGCAGCAGAAGCUUCUGCAGGAGCAACAGCAGAAGCUUCUGCAGGAGCAGCAGCAGAAGCUUCUGCAGGAGCAGCAGCAGAAGCUUCUGCAGGAGCAGCAGCACUCCCAAGUUCAGCAGGUCCUUCUGGAGAGAAUGCUGCAAAAUCGAAUGCACGAUCCUGCUCUUGUACAGUCACAUGAUCCUAUCAGAGCAAAUAGUGUCCUGGACCAGGUUUUGUUGGAGCAACAGCUUCUGCAUGAACUACAGCAACAUUCUCAUCAUCCUUCAAGGAACAUUGAUCCAUCUAUUGAGCAGCUGAUCCAAGCGAAAUUUGGUCGUGUACCACAACAUGAGCUUCAAAGAGAACUGCUUCUUUCUCGUGCUCAGCAAGGACCUAUACAGUCCUUGGAGCAUCAGCUACUUAAAGAGCAGCUUCAAGCAAGACAAUUUUCAGCGGGUUUAGGUCUGCAAAACAAUUUGGAAGAGGAAAGGCGAAUGGGUUCCAUUUGGCCAGGAGAUGAAGCUGCCCAGUUCCUCAGGGGACAUGGUGCUCAUCAAGCUCAUGCUUCGGGGCUUAGCCCUCUAGAUGUUUUUCAGAGGCAAUCAGGGCCAUCCCGUGAAGACCAGAUGAGCUACUUCGAGCGGAACCAAUCCGUGCAGGAGCGUCUUAGACAGGGACUUUAUGAGCCUGGUCAGCUGCCAUUUGAGCGCUCAAUGUCAUUACCUGCAGCUAAUCCAGGGGUGAAUCUUGACAUGGCAAAUGCUAUGGCUCGGUUUCAUGGCAUGGAUAUGCAGGAUUCAAGCUUGAGAACGAAUUCUGUCGGUCAACCGGGAGCUUUUCCGACAGAGUUGCAUGCUCAUAACCCUCACCACCCUUCGCUGCAGAACCAAUAUCAUGUUUCGCGUCCUGAAGCAAUGGAGGGUUACUGGCCAGACAACAACCACCCAUUACAGAAUGACUGGCUCGAAUCUCGAAUUCAACAGCUGCAUAUAAAUGCUGAGCGGCAGAAAAGAGAAGCAGAGGUCAAAAUGGUCUCGGAGGAUCAAAGUUCGUGGAUGUCUGACUCACAAAAUGAUGACAAGUCAAAGCGCUUGUUGAUGGAGUUACUGAAUCAGAAAUCAGGGCAUCGAUUAGAUGCCAAUGAUGAGGCAGAGAGGAGACCACCUUCUGGAUUAUACAGCGGUUUAAGCUCUUCAGAUCGUACAUCCAGUCUCAUUCUGGAUAGAGAAUCUGGUAUGAAUAACACAUUUGCAGUGGGUUCCUAUGGAUCCAGCUCAUCGGAACCACCACAUUACUUUGGUGAUGAACGCGCCGGAGGCUUGGAAAGCAGGGAUAAAUUGCCAUUUGGGUCGGACUCAGGGGCAUUGAUUGGCGGAGAGCAGUUCUUAUCGGGUGUUCAUGAUUCUGCUCAUGGAAUUUAUGGAAAUCCUAGUGUGGCUGGUAAACGGCCUCUAAACAAAGACCUAUCAAAAAGUGAAAGGAAAGGUUCGCUAUUUGAGAUUCAAGAUAGCAGUGCUAAGCAAGCAGGUUUGGCUGCUGCCGUCGAACAUAGUGAAUUAGCUGCUAAUGUCUUCAGCAGGCAUAGUUCACUAGGUGAGGAUGUGGGAUUCUAUGAUGAUGCUAUUGCAUCACGAAAUGCAUUUGCUGAGCCGUUUGCAAAGGAACAAGUGCCGGUUAUCUUAUCAAAAGGUCAAGACAAUAAUAUACUGCUCAGAGCUCCAUCCGUUCCACACACUUCCUCAUCUCGUGAAGGAUUGUCCGAGCUGGUUUCUGAUCCAGCCGUGAGGCGGAAGAGUUCUUUCAGUGGCAUUCCUGAAGGAGUGAGACCUGAUCAAGGAGGGAACCCAUCACAGGCUUCUUCCGAGGAAGCAACUGCUGGGAAGAAAGAGGUGCGUUUCAGGCGGACGGCAUCCUGCAACGAUGCUGAUGUUUCAGAGACAUCCUUCAUUGACAUGCUCAAGAGCACAAAGAAGACCAUCCCAGUGGAUCCCACCAUUCAUUCUGCUGCGGGAGGAGCAGUUGAGCCCUCAGAUGGGACCCAGACGGGACGCAGUGGGAAGAAGAAAGGGAAGAAAGGAAGGCAGAUUGACCCGGCCCUCCUCGGGUUCAAAGUAACGAGCAAUCGGAUCAUGAUGGGUGAGAUUCAAGGUAUAGACGACUAGUUGUAGGAUGUAAAAUCUUUGUACAGAAAUUAGGGAGAUGUAUAUGUCCUGCAUAGAACCUUCUCUCUCGUGUACAGUGUUCCCGAGAAAUCAGAGUACACAAUUCUUCGCACAGUCGUUGAAAGAGGCUUCGUAGAAAUUAGUAGCGUGAAGCAGAGUUUUUUGUAGUUUAGCCCAUAGUUUUAUCCAGAAAAAAUAGAUGAAUAAGGGGUUCCUUUUGUUCACUCAGCUGUUGCUGGAAAUCCUUGACGUGAUCUCAAUGAUUGUAUUCUCUACAUACGGCAGCGGUUUUUAUUCUGAUCAUCGGAGCAAUCACAGAAUAAUGAUUUUAAAGCAA